AUGUCGACUAAAGAAAGCAGAGCAAAUCCGGCGCCGCAUAUUCUUAUAAUUCCGAUACCACUUCAAGGGCAUGUGAACUCCAUGCUCAACCUUGCGGAGAUCCUCUGCCUCUCCGACCUCCACGUCACCAUUCUCCUCUCCGAUUACAUCCACGACCGCCUCCUCCGCCACGCCAGCCUCGAUUCCCGCUUCUCCAGCUACACCAGCUUCCGCGUCGCUACCAUCUCCGACGGCCUCCCAGACGACCACCCCCGCUCGGGCAGUCAGAUGGUGGAUGUCCUGCAUAGCGUUCGGGAGGUUGGUGGGCCGCAGUUCCGCCGUCUCAUGGUGUCGACUGAUGGGAUGAGUGACGGCGGGGCUAGGCCGCGCGUGAGCUGCCUGAUCAUGGACGGGAUGCCGAAUUUCCCUAUUCCGGUGGCUGCAGAAAUGGGGAUUCCGUUCAUAUAUUUUCCGACGAUCAGCGCCUGCGGCCUUUGGCCCUAUUUCUGUUUUCAAGAGGUCAUCGACGCCGGCGAACUACCUUUGAGAGAUAAAAAUGAAGACAAAUUGACAUUCUGGAGAAGGAGAGAGAUGGACUUAAUGGUAACAAGUGUGCCGGGAAUGGAAACGGUCCUCCGGCGACGAGACCUCCCGUCGUUCUUCCGAGUCGAAGACGUCAACAAUGCCGUCCUGCAGUUCGUCGUCGCAGAGAUUAAGAGAACACGUCAAGCUAUCGGACUCAUACUCAACACAUUUGAAGAUCUAGAAGGUCCGAUUCUUGAUCAUAUCAAACACAAUGCGAAUCAGAAUCUGUAUUCCAUCGGCCCCUUACACUUGCAUUUGAAAGAAUUGCUGAAGGCAAAGGGAGUGGAAUCAUCGCAUCAUUCUAGCAGCUUCUGGAAGGAAGAUGACGACUGCAUUGCCUGGCUAAAUUCUCAGCCUCCCAAUUCUGUAAUAUACGUGAGCUUUGGGAGUGUUGCCAUAUUGACAAGGGAUGAAUUAUUGGAGUUUUGGUAUGGGUUGGUUAAUAGUGGGAAAAAAUUCUUGUGGGUGGUUAGAGCGGAUUCCAUUGCCGGGGACGGGAUUGGAAAUGAGAUCCCGGUCGAGCUUGAGGAAGGUACGAAAUUGAGAGGGUUGAUGGUGGAAUGGGCGCCACAAGAACUAGUUCUAAGGCAUAAGUCGGUUGGGGCAUUUUUCACGCACAGUGGAUGGAACUCGACUAUUGAAAGUAUAGUGAUUGGAGUCCCGAUGCUUUGCUGGCCUUAUUUUGCGGAUCAAAUGGUGAAUAGUAGGUUUGUGAGUGAGGUGUGGAAGAUUGGAUUGGAUAUGAAAAAUACUUGUGACAGGUUGUUGAUUGAGAGGAUGGUUAGAGAGGUAAUGGAAGUUAAGAGAGAUGAGUUGUUGGAGAAGGUUCGUGGUAUGGCGAAUAUGGCGAACAAGGCUAUUUGUAAAGGAGGAUCUUCACACCUUAAUUUGAACCGUUUAAUUCAGUUUUUGAAGUCCGGGGCGUCAUCAAAGCUUUAAUCAAUUUAAUUCAGCAUCCAUGUUUUGGAAACGAAUUAUAGUGUCUUGUAUUAUUCAGAACAUGUGAUGCAGUUUCAACGUAGAAAUCGGGCAAAAGCUGGCGGUGUCAGAUUGAUUUGAAAUUCGCACGAAUUAUAGUCGCGAUGAUGGACGAUGGAUUUUGGCCAUCUGACAUCGUUUAGGGGGCGAAAACUGCAAUUUACUGUUUUUAUCGGCUUAUUUUUAAUUUUUUAUUUUCUGUUUUAUUUCCUUAUGAACUUCUAGGGUUUUUUAAACGCUUAUAAAUAGCGUUGCUUUUGUUUUGGGCCGCAGUUGAAUUUUGAUAAUAAUAUUUCGUUUUUCAUUGAAACUAGGGUUUCUCUGAAUUUCU